AUGACCGACUGCACCACUCCACCUCUGGCAUCCAACAUCUUCAGCCUAGUUCGCAAUCCUGACCAGCCCACUCUCGACAACCCAAACUCCAACCCACCUAUUGAAGAUUUCCAAACGGGCUUUGAAGGAUACUCCGACACGGACCUCAGACAAUAUGCCAAACAGCGCACUACUGAUCUCAGAUGUCAGAGAAACCACAGUCUAGUUGCUGAAUGGAUUGCAGUUCUGGAUCAGAGAUCUGUGGCAGAGGGAAAUGUGGUCAUGCAUCAUUACAUGGAGAAGUCAGCAUGGGAAGGCAUGUUACAGGACGCAGAGGAGGAGGUGUUCAUUCCAGGACAGGCAGAUGUUAAUGAGGCAAAGGACUCAAUAUGGUGGAUGUGGAGGGUGCCAUUUUCGUCGGCAUUCAAUCUCUGGAAUAGUGUGGAGAGUUUGGAAUGGGAGGGGCUUGAGUUGUACUCCAGGUUUGAGUAUUUGGGUGAGGAUGGGGUCGUGCAGACGCAUAUUCCGGACCAGAUUGUAUCGGGGGGUAUAGUUGAUCCUAAGAAUAUGAUAUAG